AUGGACGGGGAUUUAAGUCUUUCCCAGUCCCUGGGAGGCUUGCGGAUUGCGAAUCCAGAUGAUUCUUCGUUACACUCGUCUGAGGAUACAGCGACUCCAACCCCGGGUCCUUCUGUCUCAGCUCCAACCCCCGAAGCAGGUCGCGAGUCGUCAAUUUCUACUAAACCAGGUCAUCCGAUGACGGCACCACACUCGAACGAGCAACAGCGAGACUCCUCCAUCCCUACCCUCCCUGAUCCUUUCUCCAAAUCUCCGGACGAUCGUAGCUCCGUUCUUCUCUCCGAUCCGCCGCAUUAUGUCCCCUAUUCACCCCAAAAUCAACAGCAGCACAUUGCUACUCAGUCUUCAUCCUCCCGCCCUCUUUCCGCUUUCUACGCGAACGGUUCGUCUUCGACUCUGGCUCGCGAAAACUCCUAUCGUAUUCGUACCGAUUCCGCUGCAUCCUCCGCCUCGGAAACUUUAGCACGGGCGGAAUCCCGAGGUGGCUCUGCGGCAUUCCAGGCUGGAGUUCCAGUGCGCGAUAACAGUCACAGUGACCGCGCUUACCGGACCGCGCAACUACCCGGGGGAAAUGGGCCCAUGGUGAUGCGGCAGUCCUCUCGAGCUCACCCUCGUGGUGGCGCACCAUCGCAGGUUCCUGGAACACCUUACGGUCUCGAAAACGGUCCGCCCUUGAGCAGCGAAGAUUGGCAGGAGCGUGGUGCAGCGAUAUCGGUCAGGCAGGAGAUUGAUGCCAAUGGUAAACCGGUUGCACGGUACAUCAAGAAGGGUGUCCGCGAUUUCUCGUUCGGACAUACACUGGGAGAAGGUUCCUACAGCACCGUUGUACUUGCUACAGAUCGCCAGACCUUGAAGGAGUACGCGAUCAAGAUUCUCGACAAACGCCACAUCAUCAAGGAGAAGAAGGUGAAAUAUGUCAACAUCGAGAAGGACACCCUGAAUCGACUCACUGAACACCCGGGUAUUGUUCGCCUUUAUUACACAUUCCAGGACGAACGCUCAUUAUAUUUUGUGCUGGACCUCUGCAAGGGUGGCGAGUUACUAGGGGUUUUGAAGCGGAUGACUUCCUUUGACGAAGAGUGCACGAGAUUCUACGGUGCCCAGAUUCUCGACUCCAUCGAUUACAUGCAUAAAUGCGGCGUCAUUCAUCGUGAUCUGAAACCGGAAAAUGUCCUUCUUGACAGCCAGAUGUACGUCAAAAUCACUGAUUUUGGGACGGCAAAAAUCCUCAAGAAUCAGAAGAAAUCCGAUCACAAUUCGAACAGCAUGCCUAUCUUAGACUCCUCCGAGAUCCCGGAAGACGAGCGGGCAAGCUCAUUUGUUGGUACGGCAGAAUACGUCAGUCCGGAACUCCUCACGGAUAAGAAUGCUUGCAAAGCGAGUGACUUGUGGGCGUUUGGCUGCAUUAUCUAUCAGCUUCUGGCCGGCCGUCCUCCCUUCAAGGCCGCGAACGAGUACCUGACGUUUCAGAAGAUCGUGGCGCUUGAUUACGAAUUCCCCGUUGGGUUUCCUGCAGUAGCCCGCGAUCUGGUUGAGCGUCUCCUUGUUCUUGAUCCAGCUAGGCGCUUGCCCAUUGAACACAUCAAGAAUCACGAGUUCUUCCAGGGUGUGACCUGGGGCACGGACUUAUGGACAAGAAAAGCACCUCGUCUCAAGGCUUAUGUGCCUCCACCUCGUGAGCCCAUCAAGCUGAAUGGGGGAGGUGACAAUGACAGCUUCCCACCCAGUAUCUCUACCGCACCUUCAAAUGCUCCCAAUGCCAGCACCCGGGCAGUACCACGAUUGGUAACCGAGUUACCCCCCCCGACUCAAAUCGAUAUUGAGUGGUCACCUGUCCUAACCAAGAUUAACGAAAGAAUACUGAAGCUUGGAAAUUGGAUGGUUUUGACCUCUCCGGCAGGCCACAGCCCAGUCUCGAAGAAUGGAAGUGGUGAAAUUGAAGCACCCAAGAAGUUCUCGCGGUUUUUCGGUGGAAGUACGACCAAGAAGCGGCAGCGCUUGGUGAUGAUCACCUCCUCAGGACGAAUUAUUAUGGCUGCCGCCGGUGGUGAUGAGAAGAAGGCCAAGAUGGAGCUUUCUCUACUUGCUCCAGGGACGUCAUAUCGUAGUGCGACAGACACCAAAGGGUUCUCAUGUUGGGUUGUAGACACACGAGACAAACAUUUUGUCUUUGAAGAGUGUAAACCAUCCUCAAGCAACAUGGGAUCUACCGCGUUGUCUGUCCAGGAAUGGGUGGAUACAUUGGAUCGAGCGAAAGAGGUGGCCCUUGCUCAACAAAGCAAUGGCUCAUACUCGGAUGAAGCAUUCCGAGAUCUAUCAUCUGGAUUGUCUAGUCAUGCAAACACACUUGACCGAAGCUCCGAGAUCCAAUCCGAGAGUGCCCCCCCACCUGGACGGGCAACAUUGGUCAAACAACAGCCCAAUGACACUGAGUCUGUCAAAGGACGCAAGAGGUUUAGCCGGCGUCAUUCAAAGAACGGCCUGGCUGCGGUUUUCUAA